AUGAAUGAUGAACCGAACACUACGAGCGAUUCUGCCCUCAAACAGGUACUUUCCCAUAUUCAGUCUUCAGACAACGAUGACCGACAAGUAGUUAUAAUGACCUGUGGGAUAUCCGGGGCAGGAAAGUCUACUUUAUCAAAGGACAUUGUUAAAAAACUACCAAACUCGGCUCGGUUAUCUGUUGAUUCUUAUAUAUACGAGAACUAUGGACUCUUCAAGAUUGAUUAUCCCGAGGGCAAAUACCCCGAGUAUCAAGCUGAGGGUCUACAGCACGUAAAAGCAGAGCUCAUCCGCCUGCUCGGAGAGAAGCAGAAAGACAUAGUCCUGGAUCUCGCCUUCUGGAACAGGAAGUACCGCGAGGAGUACAAAGAGGCCAUUGCUAAACACGGUGGACGCUGGCUUCUGGUAUUCCUCGACGCAGACAAGGAGGUUCUGCGGAGGAGAAUCGCUGGUCGGCGGGCACAGAGAGAUGCACUCUCUCUAGAUGACAAGAGAAGAGACGGUGACACUGCAUUUGAUGUUGAAAAUGAGACUUUUGAAAUGUACUGGGAUGGAUUUGAGAGACCUGUGGGCGAGGGAGAGAUUGUGAUUAAGGUUCUGUGA